AUUUAGCUGGGUGAAUUCGACUAAUCGAUGAAAUAUUUCUUCGCUAGACCUAGCUAGCUUCUGAGAGUUAGGUAGCUAACUAAUAUGUUAUGCCUGUAUAUUGUAAAUUACGAUGAUCAUAUCCGUGUUUUCGUGUUAUAAUUGCAUUGCAUUGAUGGGGCAUUUUCAAAUUGAUGUUUGGGUAAAAGAGAGGAGUAAUAAGGCUGUGUUAGGGGGGUCUGGAGAUCAAUUGAUCAGAAAAAUGCACCUCAAAUGGUAAUCCACCCGGAUGUGUUUCAUUGUCCGGAAACGACUGGGGUGAAGCGAGCGCACGUCACUGGAGGGGACCAGAAAAUCGACACGGGGCGAGAAAAAAAAAUAUUUGGCCGACAUAAAAACCCCAAAUCAACAAUUCAUAAAGCCGAAUGGGAACCGAUCUUGUCGAAAAAGAAGGAAAAAACGGUCACACGGCAACUUGUGACUUCACUUGCGGGAGGCGAAAGAAGGCCCAGUUUUAAACCCAACGGCGGAAAUGUGGUUUUUGCUAACGGUUUGAAAACGGCAAAAGCAGGCCGAUGAGCGAGUGGGAGAGUAGCUCGCUAGCCAGCUAAGGAGCGGAAAGGGGAAAAGCGGCAGGAUAGGCCUUUGAAAAGAGAGAAAUUGAGCAGCAAUCGAGAAAUGUGAUUACAGCUAGAAAUCCGCCUCUCCCUCCCUCUCCCUGUUCCCCUGUCACUCGCACUCCAUCAAUAAAUCAGCAUUACUUUUUGCGAGUGAACAACCGCCCAAACGUAACUACAGCUGCAGCAAGAGAAGACAAAGCUAGAACAACCAGUGGAUCACCGAAAGGAAUUAACUGUUGAUCUGGAAGGAACUUGAUUGGAAAAAAAGAAAAAGAUGAUACAGGUGUACAGACUAACAGAUUAUGAUGGACACUUGAAACAACUGUAAAGAAGCUGAGCAUGGUAAAAUCCUGCUCUGUGUAAUUAGGCAACAGGAAUUAAAGACUUCAGCUUUUUGGGAGAUUUGAUUCCAGUUACAGGUGAAUGGAAAAAAAGACAUUCCCAUCUGCAGUAGUGGCUAAGUCCACAAAUAAAGAAAGCUCUACAGAUACAAAGACUGUUGACAUCAGUUGGAAAACAACCACUGUAGGAGUUGAUAACAACUUUAAAAAAACGGGACAUCAAGGCACAGCAGAUGGUUGUCACAAAAACGGCAACUGGUGAUAACCUUUCUGUAACACAGACAAUAAUCAGUGGAACCCUCAGAGUGCAAAAACUGACGCACAUGGACAAAUUAAACUUUGCGGACAAUAUACAAGGUCUAGGGCAAAUUUAUGACCUCUAUUGACAGGCAGUGGAACGAGUAACGAAAACACAAUAAAAAAAAAAAAACUUCAGUUAAGAGCUUAGCUUUGUACUGUCUGACUGGUAGCAAGAUAAAUCGGCCUUCAAAAGACUUUUAAAAAGCUGUGAAGGGAGAAAUCUUUCAACACUAAACAAAGACGAAACUAAAAACGACAGCAAACGGAAUAAGAGUUUGCUAAAAGAAGCACCAUAAAUCAUUCAUAGAACAGGGGACGCCCCCUGCAUGCUUUGAGACCCCCGUGCCUGCUCCUCUUGGAUGGAGAGUGGAGGCAGUGGGAGGUCAUCAACAGGAGGAGGAGGAGGUGCCAGUGUUGCAGGGGCAGGCAGUAAUAACAGUAGUAGCAGCGGCAGUAAUAGAGGUUCAGGAGGAAGUGGAAGUGGGGCAGGAGGAAGUGGAGGAAGCAGUUCCAGGAGUAGUAGUGGGGCAGUUGUGUCUGGUUCAGGUUCCUCUGGCCGUAGCUCCUCAGUCAGUGGCGGUGGGAUUAUCGUCGCCACCUCUGGGGCUGGUGGUGUGGCUCCAGCACCCCCGCCUUCCAGUGAGUGGGAGAUGUUCCAGUUUGGAAAAUACAAUUUGGACAUUAUAGAGAUGCUAAGUGGACAUCAGGCCCACCAGUUCAAAGGUCUUGGAAUUGAGAGACAACUGCAACAUCAACAGCAAGUCCAGCUUCAUCAGCACCAGCAGCAGCUACAGCAGCAACAGCAGCAGCAGGCUGAAACUUCUGGAGCCCUUCUGUCUGGGCUUAGCCUGGGUUCACUACAAGGAUCUAGAAGCAACACUUUUUCGGAUUCUUCCUCAAUUUUUGCCAAAAUGAGCGCCCCUCCUCCACCCCUGCCGCAGCAGGCCCCGUCCUCGUCGUCAUCACAGAGCUCACGGAAGUCUAGCAAAAUGGGUGUGAGCGGUGGAAGUGGAGGGGGAAGUGGGGGUCACGUGACAGGAUAUCCUCAAUUCUUGCGAUCUUUUCACCCAGCUGAGGCAGCUCUAGCUCAGGAGCAGCUCCAUCCUGGCAUGGGACGCUUUGAACACUUUGCAGGCGGGAGCGGGAGCAGUGGGGGAGCGGGUGGAUUAGGGGGAUUAGUUACCUCUGCGCCUCCACCACAACCACCGCCCCUACACCCUGGCCUCUCGAUACCCCAAGCAUCUCCAGGACCCUCGUCGUCUUCCCCUUCCCCUUCAAGCUCAGCUUCCACCUCAAACAACCCUCCAAGCAGUAGUACAGUGACUUCAUUGGGACACCAGCUUGUUGGGGCCCAGUCUGAUGCGCGCAGCUUACACCAGCAGUUCAGCUGCAUGCUGGCGGCCAAUCAAUACUUUCUGUCUGGGGUGCCAGCCAAUGCCAGCUUGGAGCAAUUUUUGGUUCAGCAGGGCACCCACAACCAUCUCGGCCUGGGUUUAGGACAAACAGGUGCAGACUCAAGUUCAGGCCUAGCCCCGCCUCCAGCUCUUCACCCCUCACACACACACAGCCACCCCACUCCUCAGCAGCAGCAGCAACAACAACAGCAACAGCAGCAGCAGCAGCAGCUGCCUCCCCAUACCUCAUCGCACCCUCACUCCCACCCUCACCACCCUCUCCACCCUGCAUCCCAGCCCUCCUCUCUUGGUGGAUUUGAUUUCCAAGGUAUUCCUGUUCUCUCCUCCAAUCAGCUAGCAUCUCUGAUGCAGCAGGAAGCAGGCUUGCCACUGCCACUGCCACUCCAUUUAUCACUCCCCAAGGAUGAAGCAAAGGGGGACAGCGGGGGUGGAGGAAGUGGAGGAGGGGGCAGGAGAAAGAAAGCUAUGGCUGGUUACCUGCCCCAGAGGAAAUCGGAGAGCAACAGUACCAAUAGCAGCAGUAGUAACAGCCACAGUAGUGGGAACCCUAAUCCCAGCAGCAGCUCGGGGGGACACGGCCAUGACGUGGCCUCAGGCCUUGUUGGGGGAGGUGGAGGGGUCAGUAUGCAAGGUAUUGGAGGAGACCCUUCCUCCCUUCUCUCCUCUUCAUCUUCCUCUUCUUCCUCAGCUGUCUCAUCCUCUUCUUCCUCUGCCCCUUCUUCGUCUUCAGCCUCAGUCUUGGUAACAAAUGGCUCACAACUCCAAAAACCAGAAAGCCUUGGCCCAAUGGCACUCACUGCUGCUCAGCCUGAACCAGAGCCCCUCUACCACUGCGGGGAAUGUGGGAAAACCUUCACACAUCUGUCAAGCCUCCGGAGGCAUUUACGCAGUCAUGGCUUGGCUACUGGAGCUAGUAGCACGAGUAACAGCACUACCCCCAACCCUAAUCACAACCACCACCACACUGACACCUCCCUUCCCCACUCAACCCAGGACCUGACUUCUCAGUCCAACCCCCAUCAUCAGCAGUCACAUCCUCAACCAUCUUUAAAUCCACAGCAGCAACAGUCAAACCCAGACCCCACAUCCUCAUCUUGUGCUAGCCCCGAGAAGACACACUGUUGUCCUGAAUGUGGGAAAGGUUUCAAGAAAAGGGGACACCUCCUCCAACAUAGUGUCAUUCACUCGGGGGCACGUCCUUUUGCCUGCACUAUAUGUCAGCGUGCUUUCAAUCGUCGUGAGUCUCUUACCCGCCAUGAAAAGAUUCAUGUGGAAAAGCCCUUCCGCUGCCCAGCCUGUUGCCGCGUUUUUCGCGAAAGCACCUCUUUGCUCAACCAUGCAGCUUCAGGCACCUGUGGCAAGGGUCCAAAAGCAUCAAGAAAGAAAAGCAAGUCAGGAAUGGUAGAAGGAGGAGGAAGUGGAGUGGAAGAUUAUGAGGGUAGUGAACUUUAUGGGAAAGAGGAAGAGGAUGAUGAAGAUGAGGGAGAGGAUGGAGUAGUGAGUGGCAUGAUGGGGGAAGAUGAGGAGGAAGAAAAGACAGGGAUGACGUGUGAUGGGCUGUUUCAGCGGGGGCGAGGUGGGAAUGCAAGCAAUGGAGAUAAAACUGAAGGGAAAUACGCAGCAGAUUUCUCUCGGAAUCGUUACCAAGCACCCUAUAGAGAUGACUACCAUGGAGACUAUAAGCAACACCGUGCACAGCCUAAUCCUGCUGCUUGUUACCCUGGUGAACCCUCCUGUGGAAGUGGGAUGGCGGGUCCAGCACUGAGGAAAGCACCCUUAGCCCCGACUUUGCAUCCACACCCACAAAGUCAAAAUCAGCAGCAACAGCCUCACCUGCCCCUCUCCUCUCUCUUGGAUGACUCUGAAGAUGAUGUUACCAGCUCUGUUAAUAGUGCCAUUUCUGCUAUUGCCGCAGCUGCCGCUGCCUCCUGCAUGCCUGGUGAGCUAAACAGUAGCGGAGUCAGAGGAGAAGAAAGAAGAGAUAUCAUUGGAGGGUUGCUUGGAGGCCUUGGCUUGGGUCCUCUUGGAGUUCAAACUGGUGGUCCUUCAUCUACAUCUGGAAUGGACAAGAAUUAUAGAGGAGGUGGUAUGGGAAAUCAGGAAGGAAUGAGUGGCACAAUGACUCCUUUAACUCAUCACAACCAACAGCAUCACCAGCAGACCCAAAAUGUCAAACCCAAGCGGCCCCGAAAACCUCGACCAAAGAAGGACAAAACAGCUGGUGGUGGAGGUACUGGAGACGGCACCAAACGAAGACAGCCUUCCCACAGAGAAGGAGGGACUAGCGGGGACAGUAACAAGCGACUGUUUCUGUGUAGUGUCUGUGGUCGUGGAUUCACGAGACGCGAGACCCUGCGCAGGCAUGACCGCAUCCACACUGGGGAAAAGCCGCACCACUGCCAUGUCUGCGGAAAGCAUUUUCGGGAAGCAUUCCAUCUCACCAAGCACCGCACAGUUCAUUCUGGAGAGAAGAACUACAAAUGCGAUCUGUGUGGGAAAGAUUUUGGUUAUGCACAAAGCCUCAAGAGACAUGGAAAAUUACACCAGAAAGGGGAAUUUGAGGAGACCUCCACAACAGCAGGAGGGAAUAACAGCAACAACUCAGCUGGAGCCCCCGGAGGGGGCACUGGCCAAGAGAGGGAUCAAGGAAACACAGAUCCUUACUACUGCUAUCCUCAGGACAUCAAGCCUCAAGGGUCUAACACCCAGCCCCCUCCCAGGCUCUACACUUGUGCUAUUUGCUGGAAAUCCUUCCGCCAUCACUUUCACCUGACUGCCCAUCACCAAGCUGUUCAUGAGGGUGGUGAAAGGCUUUUUUGUUGUGAAGUGUGCGGAAAAGCCUUUGCCUACGCCAACAGUUUAACCAGACACAGGCUUUCUCAGCACGGGCUGUCCCGGACAGGACAGACGAAUCAGCCAGGAAGCGGAGGUGGAGCUGGAGGCAGUGGAGGUGCAAAUACAUCAGUGUCUGAGAGUGAGGCCGCCACCAAUGCGCUGCUUCAGCUUGCACCGUCAAGCGGAGCUCAUGGGGAGCAGCAGGCUCACACCGGUGUCCCUCACACUCACCAACAGCCUCCCCCGCAGCCUUCGUCUGGUUUCUCCCCCCUCUUUUACCUUCCGGAAUUAGGCCCUUCCCACCCUUCAGCGUCAAGCGCUCAACCCUAUUCCCACACCCUUCCACCAAAUUCUACUCUAACCACCCUCUCCAAUCACCAGCAGCCUGGAGGAAUAAAGGGGGAGCCUCUUUAUCCGGGGGGUCCCUCCCAUUCCCUCAAUACCUCUCCUCCUGUUCACCCCCUUCUGCUCCUGCCUCCCUCCCAGCAGCAGCAGCACCACAGCAUUCAGUACCCGAUUGAGAUCCAGUCUUCACACCCACAGCAGCAGAGCCUCCAAUCUCAGGGAGAAGUAAGGAAACGCAAGAAGAAGAAAAAGCGGCGGGAAGGGGAGCACAGUGCUGGCGGAAUGGGAGAGUCAGCUAGGGGGGGCAAGGCAGAGAGGGGUGAAAAAAAGCAUGGUUCAGCGGGAGGGAGACAAAAAGAUGAGAGAAGGAAGCUUCAAAAACGAAAAAGGAGAGCAAUGCAACUGCGGCUAAGGAAGAAAAAACGAAUUGCUCUGCUUCUGAAGUUUAGAAGGGGGGGAAUGGGGGGACGCCAGACGGUGGCAGGAAUAAAUGUGGCAAACUUGUCAUCUUUGGACGUUCCCCAGAAACGCUUUCCCUGCCCCUUCUGUCCCCACGCCACCUUUCCUCGACAGGCAACGUUGUUAGUACACCGAGCAGCGAGACACCCUGUUAGAUCCGGCGGCCUGCAAGCGCGUCUGGUUUGCCCUGUCUGCGGAAAACAUUCUCGCAAGUUCCUGUCGGCCCUUAUACAUCGGUGGUUCCAUCUUUCCCAAGGAUCGUUCUCCUGUCCACAGUGCCCCUCUCGUUUCUGGAAUGGAACCCUCCUGGAGAGGCACGCAGUUGUCUGUCGAGGGAGCAGUGGAGGAGCUGUUGGCGGUGGGGCAUUGAAAUCAAAAUCUGCAAAGAGGAGGUCAAAGAAGGGAGGAGAGGGUCAUAAUGAGGCAUCAGUAGUACUGACAGAAUACAGACGCUAACUAUUUUUGUUACAUGGAGAGAAGAUUUUAAGAGGGGGUGAGGGCCAGUUUUAUAGAGAAUUGGGAGUGAUGUGGCUCUGGGUGGUUCAGUGGACUGACAUGGUAUUACUACCACAGGUACUCCUGGACUUUGGAUUACAGUGAAGGGAGUGCUUUUUUAAAGGAGGAUUAUUCAUAUACUAAUUUACACUGACUGCAGACCAGCCUGAAAAGAAAUGCCAGGAUCUCGGUUGUUUUGGGAAAUCAUGAACAACAUGACUGUCUUUACAGCAUCCCAAUCCCAUGGAUACAUUAAUACUAGACUUGGCUGGCUGGGGUAGAUAUUAGGCAAGUUUCAGUGGAUUAUUCUAGCUAAUGUUUCUCCCUAUCUAGUUUUUAUCCAACAGUUUCUCUGUCUCUCUGAUGUGUACAAUGUAUAGUUAGUGUUCACUUAGGGCCCCUGUGGAGUUGUGCUUGACUUUUUUUUAAUACAUUUGAAUAGGAUUAGAAGGUGGGUGGGGGGGAAGAGGGUCGACAGGCUAUUUGGUAGAAAGACAGUGUAUCAGUUCAUGUUAGACAGUGUUCACGGUGUGUUUUGUAGUCAAUCUCUCAGAUUGUGAAUAUGUCACUUAGUAAAUGCAAAAGGAAGUGUAUAUGUUAACCUGUAAGUCAUAAUUUCUAAAAGGGUAAAAUCUCAUGAUAAUGAAUAGACUAAAGAAAAAAAUGAUUAAGUACUUUGUUAAAAGGAGGAAGAGACUGGUUUUUGACAAAAAAGAAAAACCAAGGCUAUUAAUAUAACCUGAUGUAAUCCCAAUGAAGAGUAGACCUUUUGCAUGAAAGAUCAAAAUGAAGAGGCAGAUGGGAACAAGCGGACUGUACUGUAAAAUUCUGAUUAUAUUUUAUUAUUGUUAUAUUAUGAUUUUUUUUAUUCAACACAUAAUUUGUUUUUUAAUGUUACUAUCUAGAGGGUGGGGGGUGGGGAAGGGACUGUCAUUUUAAGAAGUGGGAUGAAUUAAAUGUACCAAUGUGUAUCCUCUGUCCACAUACCAACCCAGAAUUUGGGCCUUUCCCGUAUACAUGCGCACGCACACACACACACACACACACACACACACAGUACUUUACUGACCUAGAACCCUGUUCAUACCCCUUUCCCAAGUGUUUUUCUUUAAAAUGAAAAAAAAAAACAAUGAAACAUAAUUAUACUAAAUACAUUUCUAUCAUUUUAUUUGCCUAGUGACAAAAGUAGUUGGAAU